AUGCGUCCGGAAGUUGAACAAGAGCUCGCCCACACCUUGUUGGUGGAGUUGCUUGCCUACCAAUUCGCCUCCCCCGUCCGAUGGAUCGAGACCCAAGAUGUUAUCCUCGCCGAACAGCGCACCGAGCGCAUUGUCGAGAUUGGUCCCGCAGAUACCCUUGGAGGAAUGGCACGACGGACACUAGCCUCCAAGUACGAGGCUUACGAUGCGGCUACAUCAGUCCAGCGCCAGAUUCUCUGCUAUAAUAAGGAUGCUAAGGAAAUCUACUACGAUGUCGACCCCGUGGAGGAUGAGCCCGAGCCCGCUGCUGAGGCCGCUUCUUCUGCCCCGGCCGCACCAGUUGCUGCUCCCGCAGCUGGAGCCCCUCCUCCACCUCCCAGUGCGGGCCCCGCUGCCGCCGUCGAAGAUGCCCCCGUCACAGCAGUCGAUAUCCUGCGGACAUUGGUUGCUCAGAAGCUAAAGAAGGGCCUUUCAGAUGUGCCAUUGUCAAAAGCCAUUAAGGAUCUUGUCGGAGGCAAGUCCACAUUACAGAAUGAAAUCCUGGGUGACCUGGGUAAAGAAUUCGGCUCUACACCCGAGAAGCCUGAGGAUGUUCCCCUCGAUGAGUUGGGUGCUUCUAUGCAAGCCACAUUCAACGGUCAACUGGGCAAGCAGUCCUCCUCGCUCAUUGCCAGAAUGGUCUCCUCCAAAAUGCCCGGUGGCUUCAACAUCACUUCCGUUAGAAAAUACUUGGAGACUCGGUGGGGUUUGGGGUCUGGCCGCCAGGAUGGUGUCCUCCUCCUUGCUCUUACCAUGGAGCCCGCUGCUCGUCUUGGCGCUGAAGCGGAUGCCAAGGCCUAUCUCGACGACGUAACCAACAAGUACGCCGCUAGCGCUGGAGUCAACCUCUCCGCUCCAGUUGCCGGUGGUGACGCUGGCGGUGGUGGCGGUGGUAUGAUGAUGGACCCUGCAGCUAUUGAUGCCCUGACCAAGGAUCAGCGAGCUCUGUUCAAGCAGCAGCUCGAGAUCAUUGCCCGUUACCUUAAGCUCGACCUUCGUAGUGGUGAAAAGGCUCACGUUGUCUCCCAGGAGACCCAGAAAGCGUUGCAGGCCCAGCUGGACUUGUGGCAAGCAGAGCACGGCGAUUUCUACGCCUCAGGCAUUGAGCCAUCAUUCGAUCAGUUGAAGGCCCGUGUCUACGAUUCCUCGUGGAACUGGGCUCGUCAAGACGCCUUGAGCAUGUAUUACGAUAUCAUCUUCGGUCGCCUGCAGGUCGUCGACCGUGAAAUUGUCAGCCAGUGCAUUCGCAUCAUGAACCGCUCCAACCCCCUCCUCCUCGACUUCAUGCAGUACCACAUCGACAACUGCCCAACUGAGCGUGGAGAGACCUACCAGCUUGCCAAGGAGCUUGGUCAACAGCUUAUUGAGAACUGCCGCGAAGUUCUGGAAGUGGCCCCUGUUUACAAGGACGUUGCUGUGCCCACUGGUCCUGAAACCACCAUUGACGCCCGUGGCAACAUCGGCUACAAGGAGGCUCCUCGCACCAGCGCUCGCAAGCUGGAGCACUACGUCAAGCACAUGGCUGAGGGAGGCCCGAUUUCCGAAUACAGCAACCGCACCAAGGUUCAAAAUGACCUGAAGAGCGUAUACAAGCUGAUUCGUAAGCAACAUCGUCUUUCCAAGUCUUCGCAGAUCCAGUUCGAUGCUCUCUACAAGGACGUCAUUCACGCUCUCGGCAUGAACGAGAGCCAAAUUAUCCCCCAGGAGAACGGCCACAGCAAGAAGGGCGGCCGCAGUGCUGCCAAACGCGUUACUUCUGCUCCCACCCGCCCCGGCAAAGUGGAGACCAUUCCCUUCCUGCACCUGAAGAAGAAGACCGAACACGGCUGGGAUUACAACAAGAAGCUGACUGGCACCUACUUGAAUGUCUUGGAGUCAGCUGCUAAGAACGGUCUUAGCUUCCAGGGCAAGAACGUCCUGAUGACCGGUGCCGGUGCCGGUUCUAUUGGUGCCGAGGUCCUGCAGGGUCUGAUCAGUGGUGGCGCCAAGGUCAUUGUCACCACCAGUCGCUUCUCGCGCGAGGUGACCGAAUACUACCAGGCUAUCUAUGCCCGUUUCGGUGCUCGCGGCUCCCAACUUGUGGUCGUGCCGUUCAACCAGGGCAGCAAGCAGGAUGUUGAGGCCUUGGUUGACUACAUCUAUGACACCAAGAAGGGACUUGGAUGGGACUUGGACUUUGUCGUCCCCUUCGCCGCCAUCCCCGAGAACGGUCGUGAGAUCGACUCGAUCGAUUCCAAGUCUGAGCUGGCUCACCGUAUCAUGUUGACCAACCUGCUCCGUCUUCUGGGCUGCAUCAAGACCCAGAAGCAAACUCACGGCUUCGAGACUCGCCCUGCUCAGGUCAUCUUGCCCCUCUCUCCCAACCACGGUACCUUCGGCAACGACGGUUUGUACUCCGAGUCCAAGCUUGCUCUGGAGACCCUCUUCAACCGCUGGUACUCUGAGAACUGGGGCCACUACCUUACUAUCUGCGGUGCGGUCAUUGGCUGGACCCGUGGUACUGGUCUAAUGAGCGGCAACAACAUGGUUGCUGAAGGCGUCGAGAAGCUGGGCGUCCGUACAUUCUCCCAGCAGGAGAUGGCCUUCAACCUUCUCGGACUGAUGUCUCCAGCCAUCGUCAACUUGUGCCAGCUCGAUCCAGUCUUUGCUGAUCUCAACGGUGGUCUGCAAUUCAUUCCGGAUCUCAAGGGUCUGAUGACCAAGCUUCGCACCGACAUCAUGGAGACCAGCGAUGUUCGCCAGGCUGUCAUCAAGGAGACUGCUUUUGAGCAUAAGGUUGUCCACGGCGAAGACAGUGAACUCCUGCACAAGAAGCUCAUUGCAGAGCCCCGCGCCAACAUCAAGUUCGAGUUCCCCAACCUGCCUGACUGGGAGGAGGAAGUCAAGCCCCUCAAUGAGUCGCUCAAGGGCAUGGUCAACCUGGACAAGGUGGUCGUUGUCACUGGUUUCUCUGAAGUCGGUCCUUGGGGUAACUCUCGUACCCGUUGGGAGAUGGAGUCCAAGGGCAAGUUCUCACUGGAAGGUUGCGUUGAGAUGGCAUGGAUCAUGGGUCUGAUCAAGCACCACAACGGUCCCCUCAAGGGCAAGGCCUACUCCGGCUGGGUUGAUGCCAAGUCUGGCGAUCCCGUCGAUGAUAAGGAUGUCAAGGCUAGGUAUGAGAAGCACAUCUUGGAGCACACUGGUAUCCGUCUCAUCGAGCCCGAGCUGUUCAAGGGAUAUGAUCCCAAGAAGAAGCAGCUCCUCCAGGAGAUUGUCAUUCAGGAGGAUCUCGAGCCUUUCGAGUCUUCCAAGGAGACUGCCGAGGAGUUCAAGCGUGAGCAUGGCGAUAAUGUUGAGAUCUUCGAGAUCCCCGAGACUGGAGAGUACACCGUACGUCUUCGCAAGGGCGCCACUAUGCUCGUUCCCAAGGCUCUGCAGUUCGAUCGUCUCGUCGCUGGUCAAGUUCCCACUGGCUGGGAUGCCAGCCGCUAUGGUAUUCCCGACGAUAUUAUCGAGCAGGUUGAUCCCGUUACCCUCUUUGUCCUGGUCUGCACUGCUGAGGCCAUGCUCUCUGCUGGUAUCACCGAUCCUUAUGAGUUCUACAAGUAUGUCCACCUGUCCGAGGUUGGUAACUGCAUUGGUUCAGGUAUCGGUGGUACCCACGCCUUGCGCGGUAUGUACAAGGAUCGCUUCCUGGACAAGCCCUUGCAAAAGGAUAUCUUGCAGGAGUCCUUCAUCAACACCAUGUCCGCCUGGGUCAACAUGCUGUUGCUGUCCUCUACCGGACCUAUCAAGACUCCUGUCGGUGCUUGCGCCACGGCUGUUGAGUCUGUGGACAUCGGUUACGAGACCAUUGUCGAGGGCAAGGCCCGCGUUUGCUUCGUUGGUGGUUUCGAUGACUUCCAGGAGGAGGGCUCUUACGAGUUCGCCAACAUGAAGGCCACUAGCAACGCCGAGGACGAAUUCGCCCACGGUCGUACACCCCAGGAGAUGUCCCGCCCGACUACCACCACCCGUGCUGGCUUCAUGGAGUCCCAGGGUUGUGGUAUGCAGCUCAUCAUGACUGCCCAGCUUGCCCUUGAUAUGGGUGUGCCCAUCCACGGUAUCAUUGCUCUGACCACCACUGCCACUGACAAGAUCGGGCGUUCCGUUCCUGCUCCUGGCCAGGGUGUCCUGACCACUGCCCGCGAGAACCCCGGCAAGUUCCCCUCCCCUCUGCUGGACCUCAAGUACCGUCGCCGUCAAUUGGAUCUUCGCAAGAAGCAGAUCAAGGAAUGGCAAGAAUCCGAGCUUCUCUACCUCCAGGAGGAGGCCGAGGCUAUGAAGGCUCAGAGCGACGAGACCUUCAACGAGGCAGAGUACUUGCAAGAGCGUGCUCAGCACAUUGAGCGUGAGGCCGUUCGCCAAGAGAAGGACGCACAGUUUAGUCUGGGCAACAACUUCUGGAAGCAAGAUUCGCGCAUUGCUCCUCUCCGUGGUGCCCUCGCCACCUGGGGUCUUACUGUUGAUGACAUUGAUGUUGCCUCCUUCCACGGUACCUCGACUGUCGCCAACGACAAGAACGAAUCCGAUGUCAUUUGCCAGCAGAUGAAGCACCUCGGACGUACCAAGGGUAACGCGGUUAUGGGUAUCUUCCAGAAGUACCUCACCGGUCACCCCAAGGGUGCCGCCGGCGCCUGGAUGUUCAACGGCUGUUUGCAGGUUUUGGACAGCGGUCUCGUUCCCGGUAACCGCAAUGCUGAUAACGUCGACAAGGUCAUGGAGAAGUUUGAUUACAUCGUCUACCCCAGCCGCAGCAUCCAGACCGACGGUGUCAAGGCAUUCUCUGUCACCUCCUUCGGUUUCGGUCAGAAGGGUGCUCAGGUCAUUGGUAUUCACCCCAGGUACCUGUAUGCCACCCUUGACCAGGCCCAGUACCAGGCCUACAAGACCAAGGUCGAGGCUCGCCAGAAGAAGGCCUACCGCUACUUCCACAACGGUCUGAUCAACAACACCAUCUUCGUUGCCAAGAACAAGGCUCCUUACGAGGAUGAGAUCCAGAGCAAGGUCUUCCUGAACCCCGACUACCGCGUGGCCGUCGACAAGAAGACCUCUGAGCUUAAGUACUCCGCCACUGCCCCUGAGGCCAAGGAGUCCGAGAGCACUCGCCAGACUGUUGAGUCUCUCGCCAAGGCCAAUGCCGCCGAGAACUCCAAGAUUGGUGUUGAUGUUGAGCACAUCAACUCUGUCAACAUUGACAACGAGACCUUCGUUGAGCGCAACUUCACCCAAAGUGAGCAGGACUACUGCCGCAAGGCCGCAUCCCCCCAGUCCUCGUUCGCCGGCCGCUGGAGUGCCAAGGAGGCUGUCUUCAAGUCUCUGGGUGUCAGCAGCAAGGGUGCUGGUGCCGCUCUGAAGGACAUUGAGAUUGGAGUCGAUGCCAACGGUGCUCCCGUUGUUAACCUCCACGGUGCCGCCGCCGCCGCCGCCAAGGAAGCCGGUGUCAAGCAGGUCAGCGUCAGCAUCAGCCACAGUGACACUCAAGCCGUUGCUGUCGCUGUCUCGCAGUUCUAA